UGAGUUUACUGUCGAAGGUUCUUGAUAAAGUUUGUUUGUUUAAUGGCUAAAAUAUCUAAUCCAAGGACUUGCUCUGUAGAUUGGUGUUGAAUUUUACCCUUAGCUAAAGUAUUAUCAGUAUCUAUAUGUGUGUGUAUAUAUAUAUAAUGUCUCCACCCAUGAUGUUUACUCUGUGUUUGAAACUUUAGUGUGAAAACAGUUAAUUUAGGAGCAAUGACUUUCUCAAUAAGUCUUGCGAUAGAAGUUUUCAUUCUGCCUACUCUUUACUGAUCAAACACUUAAAUUAUGACGGCAUCGUCAUCAUCUUUGUCUUCUAAGACAUGGAAAAAUGAUGUGUUUCUUAGCUUCAGAGGCGAGGAUACUCGCAAGACUUUUGUAGAUCAUCUCUACUAUGCACUUGAACAACACGGAGGAAUACGCACCUACAAGGACAAUGUUACGCUUCCAAGGGGUGAUUCCAUCGGCCCUUCCCUCAUGAAUUCCAUACAAGAGUCACAAAUUGCGGUGGUCAUAUUCUCUGAGAGUUAUGCUGAUUCUUCUUGGUGCUUGCAAGAACUUGAACAUAUCAUGAAAUGCAGACACGAGAGAGGGCAAAUCGUUUUACCAGUGUUCUAUAACGUGGAUCCUUCUGAUGUUAGAAAACAAAAAAGGAAGUAUGAAGAAGCAUUUUCCAAACACGAAUCUUUGGAAAACAGCUACCAAAAAAUUGAAUCAUGGAGAAAAGCACUAUUUGAUGCAAGUAACAUUGCUGGAUGGGAACCUAGGCUCGUAGCUAACGGGCAUGAAGCAGAAUGUAUCAAGGAGAUUGUUCGUGCAGUAUUUGACAAAUUGACAUCAUUAGAUUCAGUCGUUCAUGAUGAAAACCUUGUUGGAAUGGGAACUCGAUUGCAAGAUUUGAAAUCCCAUUUAAGAAUUGGGUCAGGUGAUGUGCGAAUGGUUGGGAUAUGGGGUGUUGGGGGUGGUGGUAAGACCACUCUUGCAACUUCUCUUUACAUGGAAAUCUCUGCUAAAUUUGAUACCUGUUGCUUUGUUGCAAAUAUUAGGGAGGAAUCCAGCCAACAUAAUGGUUUAAAAAAUAUACAAGAAAAAAUUCUAUCUUCUGCUUUUGACAAAAAGCAGAUAGUGCCCAGUGUUGAUAUUGGAAAACACAUGAUUAAACAAAUGUUAUGUCGUAGGAAUGUGUUGAUUGUUCUUGAUGAUGUCAAUGACCAGGAGCAACUGGAGGCAUUAGCUGGAUCACAUGAUUGGUUUGGUCAUGGGAGUCGAGUAGUAAUCACAACUAGGGACGAGCAUGUACUAAUAUCUCACGGGGUAGACGUGGUCUCCCCCAUUAAUUUAUUAUCACUUAAUGAGGCUAUUCAGCUCUUUAGAAGAUAUGCAUAUCAUAAGAAUAAUCCCGUAGAAGAUUAUGAUAAGCUUUCAUUACAUGUGAUUAACUAUGUUAAGGGACUCCCGUUAGCACUUAAAAUCUUAGGGUCUUUUCUAAAUGGUAAAAACAAGAAUGAGUGGAUCAGUGCCUUGGAUAAGUUAGAAUGCAUCCCAAAUCGUAAGGUCACUGAUCAACUCAAAAUAAGUUACGAUGGACUUGACCGUGAGGACAAAAUGUUAUUCUUAGAUCUGGCAUGUUUCUUCAGGAGGAGGCAUCAAUCCGUUGUAAAGGAGACACUUGAUGCUUGCGGGUUUCACUCUAGUAUAGGGAUGAAGGUGUUGAUACAAAAGGCUCUCAUAAUCAUUUAUUCCAAUGGUAAGAUUGAUAUGCACGAUCUAGUUCAAGAAAUGGGACAUGACAUUGUUAGAGGGGAACACCCCAACAACCCUGAAAAACAUAGCAGGGUUUGGAAAUCAAAUGAGAUUGAAAGGAUGUUUUCCAGGAACGCAAAAACGGAAAAUGAUAAGAUUGAAGCCAUAAGAUACUGUGGUCGUAGUUCAAUAGGCUUCAUCAAGCUUGUUUCAAACAUGAAGAAACUAAGAUUCCUUUCUGUGACUUUGCACAAGGGCAGAAAUGUUGAAGGGGUUGAAAGCAGCUAUGAUGAAGGUCCUGCUUUUCUUUCGAAUGAGCUGAAGUAUAUUAAAUGGACGGGUUGGUACCCUGCAAGUCCGUUCCCUGAAAGUUUUAAAGCAACCGAGCUUGUUGUGUUAUAUCUGGAUAAUAGCUUGCAAAAGGAACUUUGGAAGGGUUGCAAGCAUCUGCCGUGUUUGAAAGUGCUUGAAGUCUUUUAUGCGAGACAUCUGGUAAGGACGCCUGAUUUUGGUGGACUACCGUGUCUUCAGAAGUUUACACUCCAUGGAUGUGACAGUUUAAUAGAUAUUGAUCCAUCACUUGGAAAUCAUUCAAGACUUGCUUCUGUAAGUGUACAUUUUUGCAAGCUGAUUACCAGGUUCCCGAUCAUUGCUUGGAUGAAAAAACUGGAAAGACUUGUAAUUUCAGAUUGCCAUUCACUAUGUGAGUUCCCGGAGAUUGAAGCAAACAUGAAUAGCUUAAAAAAGUUAUAUUUAAAAGGUGUUGGGAUAGAAGUUCUUCCCUCAUCAGUUGGAAGUUAUUGUACCAACCUUAUUUCGCUGGAGUUGAAGUGUUCAAAGUUGAGGUGCAUAGAAGGAAACUUUCAUGCCUUAGAACAUUUGAAGACAUUUAAAUUAAAUAUAGAUGCCAGAAAACUUAAGAAGUUUCCCAAAGACCUAUUCGAUGAAAAAUGUUGUCUAGAGGAACUUAGAUUGGUCUUUCAUACCUAUUCAAUGAAAAGAUUACCAAGUCCUCCUCAUUUGUCACGCUUCAUAAGAAAGUUAAGUCUCCAACUGAGCAGAGGAGAGAUACCCUCUGAGAUUGGUGAAUUAUCCAAUUUAGAAGAGAUGGAUCUAAGUAGAAGUUUUUUUUCAAGAUUAAGUUUCAGCCUAUUGCAAUUUACUCAACUCAAACUCCUCAAUCUGAGUGACUGCAACAAUCUUGUUGAAUUGCCUAAGCUCCCAUCAAAUCUAUCUAUUAUUCUAGCAGACAACUGUGACUCACUUGAAGCCAUUAGAGAUGAUGUUCAUAGAACCUGUAAAUGGUUAUGUCAAGUCUCACUUACCAAUUCAUCUGGGAUUUGCAGCUUCGAUGGUGGUGAGAGAUUAUUAGAAACCAUGCUCCAGGGAAAGGCUCAGUGUAUGAGCAUGGAGCUAAAAGGGUUAGAGAUUCCCAAGGGGUUUAAACCUCGUCUUGUUAAAUGGGGGAGAUGUAGACUGAAACUUCCAGAGAAUUGGUUCAAUGAAUUUUGUGGAUUCUUGUUCUGCUAUGUUUCGAAGAGAUUCUUGCGGGAUGAUUAUGUAAAAAUAACAAUGAUGCAAGAGGAGAAGGAGCAGGUGCAUAUGGGAAUGGGAGAUUCUCAAGAUGAGCAGUUGUUUUGGGAAGAGGGUGUUGAUUCCCACACUUGGGUGGGGUAUGUUUCCUUUGGUUCAUUGAGACCCACCGCUUGGUGGGACAAAUCAUUCACUGCCGUUGACAUCUCAAUUGACCUCCGUUAUGGGUCAUCUAUAAGUGGGUUCGGAGCUAGACUCGUUUCCAGAAAGAAUCAAACGCAGGAAGCUACUACAAGUAAUAAUUCCCCUGAUAGUGAUGAUUAUAAAUGUAAGUUUAACAUCCUCCAUGAUUCAAGGUCUCUUUUUAAGUGUGGAUUUCAACCGCUAUGUCCCCAAUAUUAGAACUGUCAAGAAAUUUUUGAAUGUUUUAUAUUUGUAUAUUUUCAUUAAAUAAUAUGGUCAUGCAAGAUUAAGAUUUGUGUUGA